AUGGAUGCUUCCGCAUUACUUCUUCUUAAACAAUUACGUGAAUUAAGUCGUCAUCCUGUCGAAGGUAUUAGUGCAGGUCUUAUCGAUGAAUCAAAUCCAUAUGCAUGGAAUGUUAUUUUGGUUGGGCCAUCUGAUACUUUUUAUGAAGGAGGAUUUUUUAAAGCACGUUUGGAUUUUCCAAAAGAAUAUCCAAUUAAACCACCGAAAAUGAAAUUUAUUUCGGAAAUUUGGCAUCCGAAUAUUGAGAAAAAUGGCGAUGUAUGCAUAUCAAUUCUUCAUGAACCUGGUGUUGAUCAAUUUGGUUAUGAAAACCCUUCGGAACGUUGGUCGCCUGUUCAAUCAGUUGGUUUUCAUAAUAAAAGAAACGAUGGGGUAUGGGCUGAAGAAGGCGAAGAAAUUGAAGCAGGUUUAAUUGAUGUACAAACAGAUAAAUUUCAACGAGGUGUAAUAUUUUGGGGUGCAAUAUCAUCGCAAGGUCUUAUUCCUUCACAUGGUCCAAAUAAUGUUAGUGAUUGGUUAGAACAGCAACGUCCUUUAAACAGUGACAGACGAAAACGAGUGUACUUAACAAACCAAUUAUAUGAGAAAUUCUUAAAACAGAAAGCAGCUCCAGCAAUUAAAAAAGCAUUUCGAAAACCUAAACUAGAUCCAAUUUUUCAGGAUGAUCAAGAUCGAAAACACCGAACUUCAUUAGUAAGAAAUACAGUUGCACAAUUAUUUAAUGAACGUAUAGAACCAGCAGAUGGUGAUACUAAAUUUGCUGAUGUAUGGAGAAUUGAAAAUAUUUGGGGUGUAUUGAGGGAAAAGUUCGUGGCAACUACAAAACAUUAUAAUGGUGAACAUAAACGUAAAAAACGUCGUCCAAUCAAUGCACCGUUCAAUAUUCAAAUUCCAUCAUCACUUCGAGAUGCACAGGAAUGCACCUUUUCAAUUGAAAACCUUGCAUGUUUGGAAAAUGGCAAUGAUGCACGUGAUAUUGCUCUUGGAUUUUUACAUGAUCAUGAAGUAUUUGCAUCGCUUUGGAACUCGGAUAAAAUUCGUCCAGAUACACGACGUUUAAUGCGUAAACUCGUACAAAUACAAACAAUUAAUGCUGUAUGCAAUGCUUUUUAUCGACUUCCUGAUGGUACGAAAAUAGAUUUGGACAAUAAUAAAAUGGUUUAUGCUGCUCAAAAUACAAGACAAUAUGCCAAUGAUCACAAGUAUGAUUUCACUCUCCAAGAACGUUCUUAUGAAGAAUUGUCUGAAAUACUUGUUGUUGAUGGUGAUUGUCAUGACAUGGUUCUAUGUUUUAAAAAUAAAUAUCCAAAAUGUAAUCCAGUUGUACUUAAUAUGGCUUCGGCAAAUAAUCCUGGAGGUGCUUCGAGAAAUGGUGCUGGAGCACAAGAAGAAAAUCUUCAUCGUCAUACAAAUAUGUUUCAAUGUCUCCAAGAUCCUUACCGUGAAUUAGAAGGUCAUCGACAUUGGAAAUAUCCUAUACCUGAAUUCAGUGGUAUUUAUUCUCCUGAUGUUAAUGUUUUUCGUGGUUCAGAAUCUGAUGGUUAUCAGUUUUUUCCUGAUGGUCCAAAAUAUAUUUCGUUCAUUGCUUGUGCUUCUUGUGCUCAUCCACCAAUUGAGAUGCAAGAAAAUGGAGAAUUUAAACUUAGUGGUAAUAAAUUAAUAGAAGAUACAAAAAAGAAAAUAGAAACUAUUUUUAAAAUUGCACUUGAAAAUAAACAUUAUAUUGUCAUAUUAUCAGCAUUGGGAUGUGGUGCUUUUAAAAAUCCUCCUCGACAUAUUGCACAAUUAUUUAAAGAAGUCAUAUCAACAAAAUAUUCGAAAUCAUUUAAAUACAUCGUUUUUUGCUAUAAUUAA